AUGCAGAACUUUGUCCAAAGUUGAGAUGCAGAAAUAAUUCAAUGUCAAACUUCUUCUGAAUUAAGAUUCUAAGAAAAGAAACUCCAGUUUGGGACAAUUUAAGUGAACAAAAUUUGCCUUUAGAAGGCUCUAGGUUGCCUUUGCCUUUGUUAAUUUUGUUUAACAUUUGGCACCUUCGAUGGUUUUUUGUUGUGAUUGAUUUCAUAGAUCUUUUCACUGUGUAAAACGCCCACCUGAAAACAGGCGUUCCACCAGAGGACGGAGAGACACGUUUGACCGGCAAGAGAGGACGAGUCACUGGAGAGCCCGUCAUGAAGCCGGAAGACGUGGUCACUCAGCAGACCUAAAGCCAAGACUGGCCUGAGUCGGAUUUCCAGCAGAGACUGCCACAGUUCCCCUUCCCCAUCCCCUCCCUUGCAGAAGUUGGAAGUACUGGGCCUCAUCGUGGCGCAAGGGUGAACACCCUGUUCAAACCACAAUACACAUGUCAUGCUGAAACAGGAGCAGACUGUGUGGAGAGGUUUGAGCUGGGUGGCCAACACAGUACUACACUCACCAGUGUGAAGGAUGAAUGGAGAGUCUAUAGGGAAGAGGAAGGCAGCAACCCCCUCCUCUAGUUCUGUCCCUUCCUCAACAAACUUGCGGAAACUUUCACCUCCAAUGUCCACCCCCAACAUCAACAUGGCUGUCGACAAAGGCACGUUGGCGUGGAGUGGCAGUCUCAAGUCUCAGCUACCCAGUGUACUGCCCAGACAAGCCAGGCAAGUUUGGUGUCAAGAUAAUUCCAGCUCUGUGACUUCAGCAAUGCUCACUGCACACUUGCCAAGUACUCUGAUAAAAUUGGAGCCCUUCGAUAUUUUAUUUCAUAAUCUGUUCUUGAACCCCAAGUGGAUUUACACAAAUCAGGGGGGGUUUUUUGGAGAUAAAUUGAAGUCCAUUCCCAUCAGUUAUGCGCAGCUUAUUGUAAAUGACAAGAAAUUACGUUGGUUUAUUUGCAAUAUUUGUCUGACUUACUGUAAUGAAGUGAAAAUACACGUUUUUAUCUUUGUGUAUUUACUACACUAUUCUAUCAUGGGUUAUUUGCUACUUACGGUAUGUAAUGUGAUCUACCGCGGUUCUGGAGACUCCAUUUUUUCCUGGACACAUGACAACAACCCAGCAGACAGGGAUCAUCCAGCAACAGACGUGCUUACACUUACAGAUUUAACAACAAAGGACAAUGCUGAUGACAAGGAAAAUGAAACUGAUUCCUCGGACAGAGCGGUGUUGACACAAGAAAUGUUUUUUGCUUAAAGUGCACUUCAUCUGUACCUGCAAUAGAAAUGUCGACUGUUGUGACCCCAGCACGUCACUGACUUCAGCACUUGACAGCCAUGGAAGAUGUAAUGGUGAUGAGCUGAUGGAAAAUUAACAGACAACGAUUUUCAACUUCUAUCAACAAAAGUGGCGACAUCUAUGAGGACAGGAGAUAGCUGGGAGAUGCGGGCCCAGGGACUCUCUUGAACUCAUCAUAAAGCUCACAGCUACUAGUAGUAACUACUGAGUUCCAUCUAGUUGUGGAAUCCUCUCUCCAACAAAAGCAAAAAA